UGACUGUACUGUCAUUGGAGGCAUACAUUGAAUACAUUGAAUACAUAACACAAUAGUGUUGUAUAUAUCGAUAUAUACGGCAAAUAUGGCGACCACUGCUGUCAUCGGUAUUAUCACUACAUUGUUGUCCACCAAUUGAUUCACUCACACCACCACCCGAUUGGUGACAAUGCGGCCAAUGCUCAGCAAUCACUCCAUGUCUUCAUAUGGAGGACCACAUCCACCGCACGCAUCGCAUCCACCGCCACAUCCACCACAUCCUCCACAUCCACACUCACCACAAACACCACUUCCCUCUGUGUCGGAGCCCUUCUAUAGCCCAAUGCCGUCGAUGCCUAACAACUUCGCCAGACAUCAGACCCCGUAUCAGAUCGUUCAGCCGGACAUCCGGGUCUUCGAGAUGAAUAAACGACUUCAACAGCGCAGCGAACUGUUUGUGAACCAAGAGAGUGAUAACCUCUGGUGGGAUGCGUUCGCCACUGAGUUCUUCGAAGACGACGCCACUCUUACGCUCACCUUUUGCUUAGAGGACGGACCCAAACGAUACACCAUCGGUCGAACUCUGAUCCCGCGAUACUUCCGGAGUAUCUUCGAGGGCGGCGUUACGGAGCUGUCCAUCAAUCUGAAGCACCCGAAGGAGUCGUUCCACACGACGUCCCUUACGCUGGACUGUGACCACUGCUCUAUCAUCACCCAUCACGGCAAGCACUACAACAAGCCUAUGGGUCCAUACCCUCCACAACCUAAUGAUCCAAUCAAAGAGCAAUUAGCAAAAGACAAUUCAGUUGUAGUGAACACUGAGGGGCGGCUUAUAUUAGAGUUCACUCACGAUGACUUAAUGCGGAUCAAGUCGUGGCACUUCGCCACAAGACAUCACCAGGAGUUGAUUCCUAGGGGGAUAGUUGCAAUUCAGGCACAACACGACCCCACCAUUUUGGAACAGAUGUCCAAAAACAUUACCCGUCAGGGACUGACCAACUCUACACUUAACUACUUAAGGCUAUGCGUUAUAUUAGAGCCAAUGCAGGAACUCAUGUCCAGACAUAAGGCCUAUUCAUUGAGUCCAAGAGAUUGUCUGAAGACAACGCUGUUUCAGAAAUGGCAGCGAAUGGUCGCACCGCCAGAAACGUCGCGACCGCCCANACAAUUAAAAUGA